AUGUCGGACUUCCAGGUAGGCGUGAACCAAGCGGUGACCGUCAGGAACGUCCCCGCAACCGCUGGGGCGACGACGUCAAACGCGAAACAAGCCGGGAGCGAGACGACGGUCCAAGCAACCGCUGGGGAGAUGAACGCAGACGCGAGCUUAGUCGUGACCGACAUGAUCAAUCACGCGACCGCCGGGUCGAUGAUCGCAGGCGCGAGCGCAGCCGUGAUCGCGAAGACCGUUCACGUAACCGUCUGGAUGCUGAUGAUAGACGCGAUUCGAGGCGCGCAUUCGAUGGUCGAACCGAGUUAUGAGUAUGAGCGUCGUCUCCGCGGCCCUUGGGGUGAUCCGGAUGAGGAAUCGAUAACCGGUCGCGACGACAGCAGAGAACGUGAAUGCAGCCCUUUGACUGAUGACGACGAGCAUGCCGACCGGGAGGACAGCGCGAGGAGUAUCCGACGCGACUUGACUAAGAACUACACCAAAGAGAACGACCCGUACUGGUACCCGGGCAAGGUAUAG